CCCUCCUGACCUUUCCUUUAAAGGCUCUCGAUCCCUUUGAGAGAUCAACAUUCAUCUUCAUCCAUGUCUAUGCAGACAACCAAAAAUAUCUGAUAUCAGGUCCUCCCAAGAGAUAAUAAUGAAGUUACUAGGUUGGAUGCACCAAAAGUUACGGCAAAAUAGCAUCGAGACAUUCAGAGAUUUUGCCAUCGGAAACUGCUGCGCCUGUCUUUCUGCACAACAACCGCACGAUGAGAAAGACUUGUUCGCAAUUCCGAACUUCAGCUCCAGAUAUGCUCCCAAAUCAUCAGAGAGCCCGGCAGAGGAAUAUGGAAACUCCCUCUCUUGUUUCACUUCUAGAUUCGAGGAAAAUCUUGAAUCAGAAACUUCCACUGAAAUUUCUGAACUUUUCCAUGGCUUUCUUGCCAUAGGAACUCUGGGUUCAGAAGCAGCUCCCAGUGAGCCUGCCACGCCAACAUUUGCCGUGACUUUGGACAACAUGACCAAAGAAGCAGUAGAAGUAACAGAGGAUGACUUGAAACUUAUAAACAAUGAACUAGAGAAGUUUCUUGAGGCUGAAUCUCAAGAGGAAUGGCACAAGGGCUCAUCAAGGAAUAGUUAUGUCAGCACUAUAACACUUGACAGCCCGCAAAUGGAGGCAGUUGAAGAUGAAGGACCAGGAGACACAGUGAUUUUUCCACUACAGGGAUAUCUCUUCGGCUCUUCAGUUGAAUCACCGGAAACAAAGAUAGAGAUGAAGAAACAAAAGGCAUCCCUUUUGCAGCUGUUUCAAGAAACAAGGAAAACAGGAGGAAAUUGUUCAAAGAAUUCUGAGAUGGGAGCUACACAGGUCGAGCCAACACAUAAAUCUUCCAAACAUAUUAUGAAGAAGUUUCUGAAAAAGCUGUGUACUUCUUCAAGACCCCCAAGUCUUUCCACUGGAGGAGAUGCCACUGCAUCAUCUUUACCCAAGAAAACAUUCCAUAAGGUCCUUCAAAUGUUCCGUAGAAAGAUCCAUCCGGAGAAUGCUACAAAUAUAGAAGAAAUGGACAAGUAUAAGGCGUACAAAAGCAAGAAAGCCUUUAACAACAAUAACAGCAGCCACAAGGACUUGAUAGACCAGGACAAAUUCAACAAAAGCUCUGCUCAGGGCUUAAUGUCAACAGAACGAGAGAAGGCCAGUGUAAAACUCCAACCUCCUGAGAUUGCUAGGGCCACCUCAGAUGACUGCAGGGAGCACUGGAUCAAAACGGAUGCAGACUAUCUGGUGUUGGAGCUCUAGCUAAGAGAUCACGACUGGAUAUUUGUGGUAACGCUAUUUGUUUGUGUAAAAGUGGUCUUCGACUUAUAAGCUUAUGAGUGAGAGUGAUCAGUGAUCAUAAAUAAAGAAAGUGCAAGGAACUUAUCCAUUAUUCUGAAUGUAAGAAAUUAUCUG